AUGGUGGAAAGAACUGUGGCAGAUGCGGUGGUAAUAGGGGCAGCAACAACUGAAACAGUGGUGGUUUCGGUGGUGGACGCGGCAGCUAGCAGCAGCACCACGACCAGCAGCAACAGUGGCAGCAACCUUGGAUGGGGAAUGCACAGCAAUGGCAGUGGCCCUACAUGUCGUGGCCUCAAGUCUGAUCAUUCUCUGUUCAUCUACCGAAAAGGUAUUGAUAUGGCGUAUCUUCUUUUGUAUGUGAAUGAUAUCAUCUUAACUACCUCCUCUGAUGAUCUUCGCAAGUCUAUCAUGACACUUCUCAACUCUGAAUUUGCUAUGAAGGAUUUGGGACCACUCAGUUAUUUCUUGGGAAUCGCAGUUACUCGUCAUGCAGGUGGUUUAUUUUUAUCUCAAAAGAAGUACGCCGAAGAGAUCAUAGAACGAGCUAGCAUGUCGUCUUGUAGGCCAAGUGCCACGCCAGUUGACACCAUACCGAAGUUAAGUGCCACCCCUACCUCACCGUUUAAGGAUCCUUCACUUUAUCGCAGCCUGGCAGGUGCACUGCAAUAUCUCACGUUCACGAGACCAGACAUUUCGUAUGCUAUGCAACAGAUUUGUCUAUUCAUGCAUAACCCGAUGGAGGUCCACAUGAAUGCUCUCAAACGAAUCGUGUGUUAUAUUAAGGGCACCCUUGAUCAUGGCUUGCAUCUUUAUCCAUCUAAACCCACCACUCUCAUUUCGUAUACAGAUGCAAAUUAG